AUGAGGGCGAAACGAUCGAAGAAGUACCAGAAGCUAAUGCGCCAGUAUGAGCUCACGUUUGGGUUCCGCGCGCCAUACCAAGUUCUAGUGGACUCGCAUUUCCUUCAAUCAGCGUAUAAUUUUAAAAUGGACCUUGUACCUGCGUUGGAACGUACAGUACAAGGCAAGGUGAAGCCAUUUAUUACAAAAUGCACUCUAGCGGCGAUCAUGGCUUCCCAGCCGCCGCGGAAAGACACCGGCCAUGCUCAGCGCCAAUUGCGACCUCCACAGCUCCCUCCACCAACCGUACUACCGCUACGAUACUGCUCGCAUAACGAAGACAGCACACCUAUUGACGAAGAAGAAUGUCUUCUGUCGCUACUGUCACCUAAUCCGGAUGCGAAGAAAAAUAAGGAACAUUUUAUACUAGCUACGGCUGAUCCAGCGCCAGAGACAGCUACUCAGCCGGAUAACAAGCGCAAACGGCCUCAUUGGAUGCAGGCGCAGGAAGGAAUGCAGCAGCAACAGCAACGGGGACGAAGAUAUAACCUGAGACGGGAGGCGAGACAAAUACCCGGUGUGCCGAUUAUAUAUGUUAAGCGGUCUGUGGUGAUCCUAGAGCCUAUGAGCGAGCCAUCAAGUGAUAUACGGGAAGGAUUUGAGGAAGGAAAACUGCGAAGUGGGUUUAUAGCGGCCGCUACGACUACUGGGAAGAGGAAGAGAGAUGCGGACGGGGACGAUGAAGAGGAUGACAAUGAGGGAGAGUGGGUGGAAGUCAAGAAAAAGAAGGUCAAGGGAGUAAAUCCGUUGAGCAUGAAGAAGCCAAAACAGAGGACCCAGACUAUGCAGAAACCAAAGAAGGCUGAUGGAGAUACAGCGGCAGGGGAUGAUGUUGAUAAAGGAACAGAGGGGCCAAUUGAGCAGACAAAGUCGAAGAGGAAACGAAGGCAUAAAAAGAAGACUGAGACGGCUGACGUGACCGAGCAGGAUGAUGAUACCCCAAUUGCAGAUACAGAGACAUGA